AAUUUCAGCUGUCUUCAAUCGGGGAGCACGAGGAAAAUGGCGGCGUGGAACAUGUCCGUUUGAUGUGAAGUUUAGGGUUGUAUUGCAUGAGCAACAUCCGUUGUUUUGAUUAGGUUAUACGAAAAACUUAUCUCGAAAACCGUGAAAUUAACAAAGCAGGAAGAUGACUGAUCCUAAAUCAUACUGGAGCACAACAGAGAGAGGACGUAAGGCUGAAGAUAAACUAAUUGAAGCUCCCUAUGACAUCGAGUCAUGGGGCACUUUAGUGAGAGAAGCCCAGAGCCAUCCAAUCAGUACAGCACGCUUGAUGUAUGAGAAGAUUGUCAAGCAAUUCCCAAUGGCUGGAAGAUAUUGGAAGCUUUACAUCGAGCAAGAGAUGCAAGAACGGAACUUUGAACACGUCGAAAAGUUAUUUCAAAGAUGUCUAAUGAAAGUUUUGAACAUUGACUUGUGGAAAUGUUAUUUGUCUUACGUGAAGGAAACGAAACAAAACAUGCCAAAUUUCAGGGAGAAGAUGAUCCAAGCUUAUGAGUUUGCUGUUGACAAAGUUGGUCUUGAUUAUCAUUCAUACCAGAUUUGGCAUGAAUAUAUCACAUUUCUCAAGGCUGGAGAAGCUGCUGGUUCGUAUGCUGAAAAUCAGAAGAUCAUGUCGAUUAGAAAAGUUUAUACUCGUGCAGUUGUCACGCCAAUGAGCUCUAUGGAGGCGCUGUGGCGAGACUACAAUGCAUUUGAACAGGGAGUAAACAAACAACUUGCAGAAAAGCUGAUUCAUGACAAAACUAGGGAUCACAUGAUUGCAAGAAAGGUUGCUAAGGCUUACGAAGAAGUAACUCGCGGUGUAGUUCGAGGCAAUCCAUCUGUCCCACCUCAGCUGACGUCAAUCGAAGUGAAACAAAAAGAGCUUUGGCGUCGAUACAUUGCAUGGGAGAAAACUAAUCCUACAAAAUCUGAAGAUAUGAAUCUAUUCAUUAGGCGAGUUACAUUUGCCUACGAACAAGCUCUACUUACGAUGGGAUUUCAUCCGGAUAUGUGGUACGAAGCGGCAUUAUUCCUUGAGAGUCACAGCAAACAAAUGAUGGAAAGAGGGGAUAUUACUACUGGCAAUAAACUUGCCGAUGAUGCGGCUUCCUUUUACGAGAGAUCAACUUCAACACUGCUGAAGAGUAAUCUGAUGCUCCACUUUGCGUACGCUGAUUUUGAAGAGAGCCGCAAACGAACUCAAAAAGUCCACGAAAUAUAUGUUAAGCUUAUCGAGCAAGAGAAUGCUGAUCCAACGUUGAUAUACAUCCAAUAUAUGAAAUUCUCCAGACGUGCCGAGGGGAUUAAAGAGAGUCGUGCAAUUUUUAGAAAAGCACGAGAAGAUCCCAGAAGUCAAUAUCACGUUUUUGUGGUUGCUGCCCUCAUGGAGCAUUUUUGCAAUAAGGAUUCAAAAGUUGCACAUAACAUAUUCGAACUUGGAAUGAAGAAAUACGGAAGCAUUACGGACUAUGUGUUACAGUACCUUGAAUACAAGAUUUAUUUGAAUGAUGACAAUAACACACGUGUACUGUUCGAAAGAAUUUUGAACACACUGCCGAAAGAACAAAGUAGGGUUAUUAUGUCAAGAUACCUGCAGUUUGAGUCGCAGUAUGGUGACCUCGCGAGUAUCAUCAAAAUUGAUCGAAGAAUAUCGGCUAUUUGCACAGAGACUUUUGAUGACAACGAAACCCUAUCGUUACUGGAUAGAUAUCGCUAUCUUGACCUUUUACCCUGCUCAGCAAACGAACUUGGUUGCAUGGGAUACAAGGCAAAUCAAACUUCUGACAGCUUGGCUAAUUUGAAUUCGAUAUCAACAGAGAGGAUCAAGUUGAAGUUGCCCGUAAUCAACGACGAACCUCCUGAAUUUCCCAAACCAGACAUUUCCCAAAUGAAGGCGUUCAAACCAAUACCGACGGGUGCAGCAGCUGUCGGACCAAGAGUUGCUCCUGGUGGAAUUUUUCCGCCUCCUGAUGCAGCAAUGGAGAUAUUAGCCAACCUUCCUCCCCCAAAAUGCUUCCAGGGGCCAUUUGUCAAAGUCGACGAUUUGAUGAACUUAAUUUUGAAUUGCAAUAUUGAUGAUACAGCGACCGUGAAAGUUAAUGGAUCCCCUGAAACCAGCGACGAACUACAGGAAAACCCAGAUCGACGCGGCGUAAAACGAACAAUCGCUGCAACGACAACAAACGGCGACGAUAGUGACGACGAAAAAAUGAUAGCGCCACCGAUGAACGAUAUUUAUCGUCAAAGGCAGCAGAAACGAGUGCAUGCAUUGUAAUAUGGUAUACGUUUCUGUAUGAUCUGAGAAAAAGUUGGAAUAUUUCAGAUAUGUUUUUAACGCCUGCCGUUACUGUACAUUAAGGAACGAACCAACUACGAAAUUGGCUGAAGACGGUUUUGGGCUCGAGGACAAGUAUAAAGGAUAUUGAACUUGUGAGCCAAAUGAUUUCGGUGGUAUGCUUUUUUAGCCUGUGCAAGGAUAAAGGCCCUGAAGCUUCAUAGAUUUGAUCGUGAUUGCAAUAUGUUUUUGCAUGUGCAAUGCGAAAGUUGGCACAGUGAUUUAGCUUUUAGCGUUUUUGUGUAUUAUUUUCAGCGUAGUUCAUAAAAACCUUCUGUUGUUGUAUCAUAAUAUCCCAUAACGAGAAAGUCAGCUCGUUUAGGCAGGGCAUUAUUUUGAGAUAGAGCGCGUUUUGGAUUCUAGUAAGCUACAUGAAGCCUAAAGAAGAGCUCUGAUUUGAUUUUGUCGUUGUCUGUUUGACAUUAUAUGGUACAUAUUAGGUGUUUUGGCGUUGAAAGGAGGAAAAUCCUGAUUUCUCGCCAGUUUCUGAACUUUCGCUUGAAAAUAUAGCUUGAUUUCGCUUGAAAAUACAGCUUGAUUGCAAGCUGUUGAUUAGCAGUGGUAGUCACGAAAGUUGUUAUUGUUUUUGCUAUCGCCGAGUUUGAAAUCUCAAUUACCAUCUGCGAUUUCAAUUAUUUUCAGAGUUUGUGCAAACGAUUCAAAAUUAAACCACUGCCCCUGAAAAUCUUGUAUAACACGCUACCCCUGCAAUUUCUCUUUGAUCUAUUUCAUAUGUUUCCAAAGUCACCUUAAACUGAAAGAUUGCAAAUUUUUUAACUCAAAAUGCAUUUGUAAAGUUUAUGUUUCAAAUACGUUGUUGUUAAUGUUAGAUUUAUUUUCAAGUUACAAAGAUUGUGAAA